CUGUGUGCACUUUGUGCGUGUCGCGUUGGGGAACACACGCACACGCACACGGCACGUACGCGACACCCGUUUGCUUUCCGGGAGGCCCGACGCAAAGCAGCUCGACGGCGUCCGAAAGCUUCAGAGCGCGCCGCGCCGCCGACGACUUCUUCGAGUGACAGGAAGUGCUGGCGCGGUGACUCUGGCGAGUAGGCGUGGUCUUGCCCUUGCGGCUCACUCUCGGUCUCCGGCACUUUCUCGUCAUCUGGAGGAGGGAAGAGCCGCACCGAAAGCCCCUGCUUCCUUCUUUCCGGUGAGCCCGAGCCUCCCGGCUGAUCGUCGGCGGCCAUGUUGGCUCAAAGCCAGCCCGCUUCCAGCACGCUGCAACUGGUCGCCAGCGACGUGAGCGGCAUCAUGGAGACCCUGGACGCCCGCGAGCUCGACACGGGCGACGCGGGCGACGCGAGCGCCGGCGGCGGACCGCCAGGGGACGGCCUGCCCUUCCUGGCGGUGUACAAGACGGUGGGCUUCAAGGACAGCAAGUCGGCCUUCCUGUCGCGUCCCGUCACCGCCAAGAUCCUGGAGGCGGAGCGCUUCACGCCGUCCCAGGACCGCUUCGACGUCGGCCGGGAGAGGAGCGUCGGCGAGUCCACGGCGGCGGUGUACAAGAUCGAGAUGAAGCACGGCGAGUUCACGUGGUUGGUGAAGAAGAAGGAGAAACACUUCCACGAUCUCCACAGAGACUUGAAGACGUACAAGGCCGUCCUCAACCUGUCGCUGGCCACGCGAAGUCACACCGUCAGGAGGCAGACGGCCGGCGGGGCGGGCAGGAACAUCCCCGACCUGCCCAGAGGAGGCGGAGACGAGCUGGUCCGCGAGGAGCAAGUGUCCAGCCGCAAGAAGCAACUAGAAGAUUACCUCAACAAGCUCCUGGAGAUGCCCACGUACCGCAACUACCACGGCAUGAUGGAGUUCAUCGACGUCAGCCGGCUGUCGUUCAUCCGCGAUCUGGGUCCGAAAGGCUUAGAAGGAAUGGUUCUGAAGCGGUCCGGCGGCCAUCGGAUCCCCGGACUCAACUGCUGCGGUCAGAGCAAGAUGUGCUACCGCUGGUCCAAACGGUGGCUGGUGGUGAAGGACUCGUUCCUGCUGUACGUGAAACCCGACUCGGGCGCCAUCUCCUUCGUCAUGCUGUUCGACAAAGAGUUCGGCGUCAAGAUGGACUCCAAGGACACGGAGACGCAGCACGGCGUGCGCGUCGACAGCCUGUCCAGGUGCCUCGUGCUGAAGUGCAGCAGCUACCGGCACGCGCGCUGGUGGGGGCGGGCCAUCGAGGGCUUCGUGCAGGAGCGCGGCGCCGCCUUCCUGACCGACCACCGCUUCGGAUCCUUCGCCAGGCGGGAGGACGACGUCCCGGCCAAAUGGUACGUGAACGGGAAGACUUACAUGGAAGAUGUGGCCGACGCUCUGGAGGAGGCCAAAGAAGAAAUCUUCAUCACAGACUGGUGGUUGAGUCCCGAGAUCUUCCUGAAGAGGCCCAUCGUGGAGGGCAACCGCUGGCGUUUGGACCACGUGCUGCGGCGCAAAGCGCAACAAGGCGUCCACGUCUACGUGAUGCUCUACAAGGAAGUGGAGCUGGCGCUGGGCAUCAACUCGGGCUACAGCAAACUCACGCUGCGCCACCUGCACCCCAACAUCAAGGUGAUGCGCCACCCGGACCACGUGUCGUCGGCCGUGUACUUGUGGGCGCAUCACGAGAAGAUCGUGGUCAUCGACCAAUCGGUGGCCUUCGUGGGCGGGAUCGACCUGGCGUACGGCCGCUGGGACGACCGCGAGCACAGACUCGCCGACGUGGGCAGCGUGACCUUCUCGCAAAGCCAGCAGUUAUUACACCUGCGGCCGUCGCCAUCCCAGGCCGCGGCGGCCCUAGCCGACGGCGGCGGCUACGGCAACGCCGCCUUCUCGCCCGACGAUGUGGCGGUGCAGCCCAAGGUCAAAGGUCAGAGCAGGAUGAGGCGGGCCAAGAUGAGCAUCAAGCGGCACCUGCGGAAACACGGACUCGCCCGCGCCGACAGCGACGACGACCUCGACCCCGACUGUGCAGAAAGCGACGCGGAGCGGCCGGGCGACGACGACGACCUGUGCGGCAACACGCGCUUCUGGCACGGCAAAGAUUACUGCAACUUUGUGCACAAAGACUGGAUCGAACUGGACAAACCUUUCGACGAUUUCAUCGACCGCCACGUGACGCCCAGGAUGCCCUGGCACGACAUCUCGUCGGUGGUUCACGGCAAAGCGGCGCGCGACGUGGCCAGACACUUCAUCCAGCGCUGGAACUUCACCAAGAUCGUGAAGCCGAAAUAUCGUCUGCUGUCCUUCCCGUACCUUCUGCCCAAGUCGCACACCACCGCCGGGCAUCAGCGCUACCGAGUCCCGGGAUGCGUCAACGCCAACGUUCAGAUCCUCCGCUCGGCGUCCGACUGGUCGGCCGGCAUCAAGUACCACGAAGAGUCCAUCCACAACGCCUACGUGCACGUCAUCGAGAACAGCCGGCAUUUCAUCUACAUUGAGGGAGGGCGAAAAGUACCGCGUGUACGUGGUGACGCCGCUGCUGCCGGGCUUCGAAGGCGACAUCAGCACCGGGGGAGGCAGCGCCAUCCAGGCCAUCAUGCACUUCAACUACAGGACCAUGAACAGAGGCGACCACUCCAUCAUCUCGCAGCUGAAGAGAGAAAUGGACGACCAGUGGAUCAACUACAUCUCCAUCGCCGGCCUGCGGACGCACGCCGAGCUGGAGGGGAAGCUGGUGACCGAGCUCAUCUACGUGCACAGCAAGAUGCUCAUCGCCGACGACAACGCCGUCAUCAUCGGCUCGGCCAACAUCAACGACCGCAGCAUGCUGGGAAAGCGCGACAGCGAGGUGGCCGUGAUCGUGGAGGACUCGGAGACGGUGGCGUCGGUCAUGGACGGGCGGGCGUACCGGGCGGGACGUUUCGCUCUGGGGCUUCGCGUCGAGUGCUUCAAGACCAUUUUGGGCGCUCACGGCGACCCGAGCAUCGACGUGUCGGACCCGAUCAGCGAUCAGUUCUACAAGGAGGUCUGGAUGAGCACGUGCGCUCGCAACGCCACCAUCUACCAGAAGGUUUUCCGCUGCCUCCCGUCCAGCGACGUGCGCAACGUCCCGGAGCUGGACGGCUACCUGGGCAAGCCGGGCCUGGACCGGGACGACCCGGCCCGGGCUCACGAGGAGCUCCGCAAGAUCCGCGGAUUCGCGGUGCAGUUUCCGCUGCAGUUCCUCGCCGAGCAGAACCUUCUCCCUCCCAUCGGGUCCAAGGAGGCCAUGGUGCCCAUGGAGGUUUGGACCUGAGGCCUCUCGGCAGGACUCGCGGGAAGCUGACGGCCGGUCGGAGUCGCGCGGGUUCUGCGGAACUUCACCCAGAAACUCUUUUUUUUUUUUUUUUUUUUUUUUUUUCUCCUACCAAACCUCUUCGUGAAGCGAAAGACCGAUGGCAACGGCUCACGUGGCAAACGAAACGUCUCCCGGGCGGACGUCGUUCUCGUAGCGCCUCCGGCGGGCCUCGACGUGCGCUCGUCACGGAGACGCGUCGCGAGCUCGCGCGCUCCUCCGUCCGUGACCGACGCGACGUCGUCGGAACGCCGGGAAGACGCCAGCGGCUCCUCGGACGUCAUCGGCGCGCGUGACGAAGUCGCCUUCCCGCGGCGGCGUGUGUCUGGCUCGCCGUCCUCCAUCUCGUUUCCCGCGGCGGCGUGCUCACGUUACCCACGCAACGAAUCUUCUCCUCUUCCUCUUCCUCCCUCGUUUUUGCUCGCCGUCCUUUCUCCUCGUUCUCAUUUGCGGUGUCCUCCUCCUUCGCCAUCUACGGGCUGCCUCAAAAUGUGGAAAGGAAGUGCGCGUUGUUGUUCUCCAUGUUUUCUGUCUGUUUGCACGUUUGUCCUCCGCCAAACGCGCACGCUCGUCGCCUCCUUCAAAUAAAGCAACCGUGAAGU